AUGUCCCCUCUGAUCUCCUGGAUGAUACUACUGCUUAGUACUGAGCUUGUCUCUGGCAUCUGUCCGCCAUUCUCAGGAUCAUUCUUCGUUGAACAACAAGACCUGUAUCCUGAGAGUGCCGACUGGGAUCCUAACAAUUGCAUUCUCUACCUUGGCUCUCUGUUCAACUGCUCGAUUGUUGCAUACAGCCCCUACAACAAGACAUCAGAAAUCAUCAUAAUCCCGGGUACCUCACAUCCCGGGAGUGAUAACUUCACCGAAUAUCACCUCAACGGCAUCGAAUACAAUCUGAACACCGGUCAUAUACUUGCUACGGUUUCUUCCGCGCAAUCCUUUGUCAGCGUUAUCGCCCCAGGCCCAGACAAUACAAUUGUUGUUGACUAUUCACAUGCGAACUAUACCGGCCCCAAUCAUCUCAUUGUAUAUGACCCGAAAGCUAAACGUCUCAUAGCAGACCUAAACCUCGAUGUAGCCCAGGAGGAAUUCAGAGCAAUCACAGGUAACCUCACUAACGGAUUCCAAGAUGUGGCUGCCGUUGACACGACUGGCGAUUCCUACAUAGUGGGAACAUUCGGGAACUCGAUCGUCAAGCUCGCUCGCGAUACAAAUGUUCCUCACCUGUGGUUCUCCCCCACGAACUACACACGCGAGUACGGCUUCGGCGGCAUCGCCGCUCUCGGUGAGAAGCUCAUCGUGUCCGAUGCAGUCUCAGGUGGCUUUGUGACCUUCGACGCCCGCGACGACGACCCUCAACCAACUUACGUGGAACUACAAGGUCUGCCGGCGAACUAUCGGCCUCUCAACGCCGACGGAGUCUACUCGCCCAAACGAUACAACGGCAAAGUCGUGCUUUGGUCGGACGACUACAACGGGACGUCUGUCUACGGGAGUGACGAUAAUUGGGCGUCGGCGCAUUUCAUAGGCCUCAUCGCCAACGACGACCCCGGCAGGAUCCAGGGCGCGAUGACUACCGCCUGCUUCGAGAUCAAUGACAGAGUCUAUGUGCUCAAUCAGAUCUUCCAGUUUAGCUUGCCCGUCAAGCCGCGUAAGAACUUCCCGAUGUAUGACGUUACAUGGCAGCUGGAUGCGAUGGUCGCUGAGAGCUUUUUGGCAAAUUCGACUGGACCGUGA